AUGGCCCCGAAGCUGCUGUUGCUCCUCUGCCUGUUUUCGGGCUUGCACGCACGAUCCAGAAAGGUGGAAGAGGAUGAAUAUGAAGAUUCUUCAUCAAACCAAAAGUGGGUCUUGGCUCCAAAAUCCCAAGAUACAGAUGUGACUCUUAUUCUCAACAAGUUGCUAAGAGAAUAUGAUAAGAAGCUGAGGCCUGAUAUUGGAAUAAAACCUACCGUAAUUGAUGUUGACAUCUAUGUUAACAGCAUUGGUCCUGUGUCAUCAAUAAACAUGGAAUACCAAAUUGAUAUAUUUUUUGCCCAGACCUGGACCGACAGUCGCCUUCGGUUCAACAGCACAAUGAAAAUACUUACUCUGAACAGCAACAUGGUGGGGUUAAUAUGGAUUCCAGAUACGAUAUUCCGCAAUUCCAAAACUGCAGAGGCUCACUGGAUCACCACCCCCAAUCAGCUCCUCAGAAUUUGGAAUGAUGGGAAAAUCCUUUACACUUUAAGGCUCACCAUAAAUGCAGAAUGCCAGCUGCAGCUGCACAACUUCCCCAUGGAUGAGCACUCCUGCCCGCUGAUAUUCUCCAGCUAUGGCUACCCCAAAGAAGAAAUGAUUUAUAGAUGGAGAAAAAAUUCGGUUGAGGCAGCUGAUCAGAAAUCCUGGCGGCUUUAUCAGUUUGACUUCAUGGGCCUCAGAAACACCACAGAAAUUGUGAAAACAUCUGCAGGUGAUUAUGUUGUCAUGACUAUAUAUUUUGAAUUGAGUCGAAGAAUGGGAUACUUCACUAUUCAAACAUACAUUCCUUGUAUACUGACUGUGGUUUUAUCCUGGGUAUCAUUUUGGAUCAAAAAAGAUGCUACACCAGCAAGAACAGCAUUAGGCAUAACCACAGUGCUGACCAUGACCACACUCAGCACCAUAGCCAGGAAGUCCUUGCCUCGUGUUUCCUAUGUGACAGCCAUGGACCUCUUCGUGACCGUUUGCUUCUUAUUUGUCUUUGCUGCUUUGAUGGAGUAUGCUACCCUCAACUACUAUUCCAGUUGUAGAAAACCAGCUACCACUAAGAAAAAGACAUCGUUACUAUAUCCAGAUUCCUCAAGAUGGAUUCAAGAAGGCAUAAACCUACAAGCCCCCUCCAACUAUUCUCUCCUUGAUAUGAGUCCACCAGAACCGGCAAUGGUUACCUUAAACAAUUCCAUGUACUGGCAGGAAUUUGAAGAUACCUGUGUCUAUGAGUGUCUGGAUGGCAAAGACUGUCAGAGCUUCUUCUGCUGCUAUGAAGAAUGCAAAUCAGGAUCUUGGAGAAAAGGGCGUAUUCACAUAGAUAUUUUGGAACUGGACUCAUAUUCUCGGGUCUUUUUCCCUACAUCGUUCCUGCUCUUCAACUUGGUCUAUUGGGUGGGAUACCUAUAUCUCUAA